AUGUCGCCAGUCGAUAUUCCCUUUAUCCAUUCCGAGCUUGUUGACAGUGAGGAAGUUGCUCGUGUUUGCGCAACCACCCUACCUGUUCGCAAAAGCAGGUACAGCCAUCUAGCUGAGAAAGCUGUCUCUGAAUUUCAGCAGCAGUGGCAGGAGGAAGUUGGGUUCGCAUACUGUGGAGCAACUUCGCCGCAGGGCCCUGUUACUGUCUUCUUUCCCCCGGAGACCAAACAAGACCGUGUUGAGAUCUUUGCCAAGCUCAUUGAGUACUUCUUCGCUUAUGAUGAUGUUCUCGCCGCUCCUGGAAGUGCUAAGUCCGGUGAGAAACAAUCAACCGAUUCCAUUGGAUGGGAAGUACGCAAGGGAACAACGAGUAGUGUUCGCAUCAGCGCAAUGAAGCAAAUCCAGUCCGAAGUGUUCUUGCGUCUUCUCGAAAUCAACCGAAAACGCGGAAACCUCAUCCUUCGAGCUAUCAACGAUUAUCGGGCCGACGAUUACGGGGCAGAGCUGAAUAUCAUGUCAAUCAUCUACUGCUGCGAGCUGGACCUGACGCAGACUGAUAUUGAGGCCCUGAAACAAAUUUGGUCGCCUGCGACUGCUGCAGCGGCGCUGGUUAACGACCUGUAUAGCUUCAAUAGGGAGGUGAUAUUGGAGCCUGACACGGAUACGGAUACGACUAUCACGACGCCAAACUCGGUCUGGUACCUGAUGAAAACACUGAACUUGACUGUAUCCCAAGCCAAAGAAUUCCUGCUGAAAGACAAGAUUGCGCCUUUGGAAAGAGAAUUCAUUGCCAAGAAGGCUGAGUAUCUGGCCAACAUGGAUCCCAUGACACCUAAGUCAGGCGAUAUUAUCUAUUUCCUGGAAAUGGUUGGCUUAGGUUUAUCGGGAAACUGGUACUGGCAUGCUAUUGCUGAUCGCUUCCACCGAUGGGCUGAGGUUCUACAACUGCCACCCGCCAAGCUAUUCGAUUACGAUGAAGCCACAGCAACAUGCGCCACCUUCUUGAAUAGCCAGACUUUGGGAGCCAGGUCUAGCCGGAUCGUGGACUCCUUUGAGGGUCCACAGACAAUGACCGAUGACCCAUACUAUAAGGUUCUCCAGCAGCCGAUUGAUUAUCUUCGGAGCGUACCAUCGAAGAAUAUAAGAGGCACCAUCAUCCAAGCGUUGAAUCUAUGGGUCAACGCGCCGGAAUCGGCAGCAACUCAGGUGGAAGACUUGAUCGGACAUCUUCACGAUUCAUCGCUUCUGCUUGAUGACAUCCAGGAUAACUCAGAGCUCAGACGCGGUCGGCCAACUGCCUAUCGCGUGUUUGGGGUAGCACAGACCAUCAAUGCUGCAACCCAUGCACUUACUCAAGCGUUUGAAAAGGUUGUCCCACUAAUGAAGCCAGGCACCUCAGAUGGGUUCUUCGAUGAGUUGCGCAAUCUUCAUGUUGGACAGGCGAUGGAUCUUCAUUGGACGCGGUCUGGGUAUCGUCCUUCGAUUGCAGAAUACCUGGAAAUGAAUCAGUUGAAAACCGGCGCACUGUUUUGUCUUGCGAGCAACCUUCUCUAUAUUCAAGGGUCAUUCCCAGCAGAAGCCAUCAAGCAGACUGAUUUGAGCGACCUCAUGAUCUCUCUAGGCCAGUAUUUCCAAGCCCGAGACGACUACAUUAACCUGGCAUCAACGAAGUAUCAAGAACAAAAAGGCUUUGCCCAGGAUCUCGACGAAGGCAAACUGUCUCUUCCGUUAAUCCACCUCCUGACACAGUCGCCGAACGCGGCAUUGAUUGAGAAUAUCCAGCAGGAACGAACCAGAAAUGGUAAGCUGUCGGCUGAUCUGAAGCAACUGAUCUUGAAUGAGAUGCGGGAUCAGAAGAUUCUGCAGCUCACCGAAGAGACCCUGAAUGGGUUGGAGGCGAAGGUCUUCCGACACCUGGAACGGCUGGAAGUUUCCAGCGGGGUCAAGAACUUUACGUUUCGGUUUCUGCUGGAUAGGCUGAGGGAGAUGUGA